AUGGAUUACCAGGCCACUUUUGAGUCCGACAUUGUUCUUCUACAGUCAGUCGAGAGCUACCUUCUUGAUGACGACUCCAAUGCUCUCAUUGCAUUUCCAGCCACAUUCGCCGGCAACGCUCCUGUUUGCCUUCAGAGUUCUAGCGGCGGGAUGGCGGCAAACAGCGAUGGCGAGAUUAGCUCUCCGUCUUUCUCGUCGGAACAAGCUAACAUUGAGGUUUUCUGUGCAGAUGCAGCGGGAGUGAGGCGGAGGCCGUGGGGCAAAUACGCGGCGGAGAUUAGAGAGCCAAAGAAGAACGGCGCGAGAGUGUGGCUUGGGACUUACGAGGCUGCUGAGGGCGCGGCUUUGGCUUACGAUCGAGCCGCUUUCAAGAUGCGUGGCUCCAAAGCCAAGCUGAAUUUUCCUCAUCUUAUUGGCUCGAACAUGUCGGAGCCACCAAGCGUGACUGGAAAGCGGCGGCUGCCGGAGUUUAGAGGAGGCAUCAAUGAAAAUGAAGAGGGGAAAGAGCCGAGCGAACAUGCUGAAGUGGGAUACAUACAUGUGAGCCAAGUGAUGGAAGCCAAGCCGUGGAGUUGGGUUGGGGAUGGGUUCUAA